UUCGAUACUACAUUUGACAAUACGGUAAACAUCUUAAUUGUGUGACCGGAUUUUUCUAUUGCUUCUAAUUUCAACAAUAAGAACAUAAAUUAAUUGAUAUAUUGAUUUUAUCACAUCGAAACGGUGAAAAAUUCGUAAAAUAAAAAUGGUCCGUGGAAAUAUUCGUGCACGUCGUGAUCAUUUACGUGGUCCAAGAGCGACAUUCAGAAAGGCAUUUUUACCAAGACCACCAUUCGAUUUGGCUCGAUUUGAUUUGGCAUUCCAAAAAGAUGCCACACCAACAUCUGAUGACAACGAUUUGACCAAUGCAUUAUUGAAACGUAAUCAAGACCUAACACCCAGUGCUCAGGAACAAACAGCGAUCUCAAAUUUGGUGACAAAAGUACAAAGUAUUUUGGAUAAUUUGGUCAUUGCUCCCGGUGAUUUUAACACUUGUCAACUGGAAGAAGUGCGCCAGGUUGGAUCGUAUAAAAAAGGAACAAUGUUAGCUGGUCAUAAUGUUGCUGACAUCGUGGUUAUUUUAAAGACAUUACCGACAAAAGAGGCGUGCGAAGCAUUGGCCAAAAAAGUUGAUGAAGAGCUGAAAAAUGCCAUGAAAACCGAAGUGGUCACCAAAGCCGAUGCAUUAACCAUUGAAAAUAAUGAAAAAGGUUUUGACGUUUUCAAUGUGCAUGCUCGUGUACGCAUUUUGAUAACAACAUUACCGCAAAAUAUUCGCAAAUUGGAACCCGAAACGCAUCUGGAUGCAAAAGAAAUGCAAAGCCAUUUGGCAGCCAUUCGUCACAGUCGCUGGUUUGAAGAGAAUGCACACCAUUCAUCGAUAAAAGUACUAAUUCGUAUUUUGCGCGAUUUGGCCAAUCGAUUUGAAGGAUUCCAUCCAUUGAAUACAUGGAUGAUUGAUUUAUUAGCACAUUUUGCGAUAAUGAACAAUCCAAGUCGUCAGGCUCUUGCCAUCAAUAUUGCGUUCCGACGCGUUUUUCAACUUCUCGCCGCCGGUUUAUUCUUACCCGAUUCUGCUGGCAUUUUGGAUCCAUGUGAAAAGAACCAUUCACGCGUAUUCACAAGCUUAUCACUCGAACAACAAGACAUUUGUUGUAUGACGGCUCAGACUCUACUACGUGUACUCGUUCACGGUGGUUACAAGCAUAUCUUGGGCCUUGAAGGUAACACCAGCAUUGCUCGUGAAAUGUCCAUUUGGGAUGGAGUCGUUGUAUCUCCAAUGCAACCAGUCUAUGAAAAACCGGACGAUAAAAAAGAGGAAAGUACUGCAGAAUUCGAUGGCGAUGCUAUGGAAAAUGAAGAAGCAAUGGACGAAAUGCAGUAGAUAAACCAAAAACUACUUAUUUCAUCACUUUUCGUCUUAAGUUCAUAUUUUGCCGAUACAUUUUAAAGCAGACAUUUGACUCUAAUUCUUAUUGUGAAAACACAUUUAAAAUAAUAAAUAUGCGAUGGUGCACCAAACAUAAAA